AUGGUCGGCAUUGGGCCAGACACUGAGGCACCCGUUGGCCAAAUGCGACUCGCAGAUUUCGAUCUGAAAGACAGGGUAUUUAUCGUCACUGGCGGUGCGAGGGGUCUGGGUCUGUCGCUCGCAGAGGCCCUGGUGGAGACAGGAGGCAAUGUAUACUGCUUCGACCGCGAGCCACAAGCAGAUGAGCGCUGGCAAGAAACGGCCAGGAGAGCCGCAAAGUGGGGAGGCUCUCUUCACUACAGGCAGCAAGACGUACAGGACACGGACGGGCUGAACCGAACCAUAGCAGAAAUUGCGGACAAGCAUCACCGACUCGAUGGGGUCGUCGCGGCCGCUGGAGUCCAGCAACUCUGCCCUGCGGCGGAGUACAGCCGAGAAGACGUGGCCCGGAUGAUGGACAUCAACUACACCGGUGUCAUGAUGACGGCGGCGAGCGCGGCUAGGCAGAUGUUCAAGUACAAGUGCCAUGGCAGCAUGUGUCUUAUUGCCAGCAUGUCGGGUAGCGUUGCGAAUAAGGGCCUAAUAUCACCGGUCUACAACUCCUCCAAAGCCGCGGUUAUUCAACUGGCCCGUAACCUCGCAAUGGAAUGGAGUCCCAUUCGACCAGACGGCACAGGGGGGAUCAGGGUCAACUGCAUCAGCCCUGGCCACAUCCUGACACCCAUGGUCCGCAAGAACUUCGAGGAGGUGCCGGGGCUCCAGCAGAAAUGGGAGAGCGAGAACAUGAUGGGCCGACUGGCAGAGACCAGCGAGUUCAAGGGCGCCGCGCUGUUUCUCCUGAGCAAUGCCAGCAGCUUCAUGACGGGGAACAACCUCGUCAUCGAUGGCGGCCACACGUCCUGGUAG